AUGCCUUUUCGCGGGGAAAAUGUCGACACCCUCCCUUUCGACUAUAAUCUCGACUCUACCCCAAAUGACGAACUGAAAAUGGCGCUCCCCGCUUGGACGCCUCAUGGCAUUCCAGUCACUCUAGCCAGCUCGAUAUCAGAGUGCAGUGAAGGACUUCCUUGGUUCAGCGUGUUUGAAGGAGCUGUCUCUAGCAAGGAGAAAAUCCUGAAAGGUCUGCGCACCGAUGGCACACGCAAUGGUGAGCACCUGGGAGACACAAGUGUAUGUCUUCAGCUCUGUAACACGAGCUCCGGAAGCUCGACGACAUUUGGAUUGAGAUCCGAGAUCGCUGAAGAAGCCAUGAGGGCGAGAAGGUCAAUUGGAGUGAUCAUCGGCCAUAAACACCCCAGCCUACAGGGACGCGAUAUCCGUCUGUCAGAGGGCGAGCGCUUCGCAUUACUUGGGAUCUUCAUUCUCACGGAUACUUGGGUGGAAUGGCAGAACGAUACAAAGCUUCUCAUUGCCAAGCUGGAGGUCGUCUCAACAGAUGCAAUCUGGUGGGUAGAUCCCGCGACGAGAGAAAGAUUAAGGCACCAGAGACGAGCCAGUGGAGAAGUGAAGUCCUUAGGAGGAAACGAGUUGCAAGCAGGAGAAGAGAUCCGACGCUACAAGGACGGACCCCUGUUUUGCGGCCGUUUGCAAUGCCCCCUCAGUAACGACAAGAAGAUUUGUACUGCACUCCCAAUCGAACGACGGUACCAUGACGAAUAUCUGUCAAGCCGCACCAACAAAAUGGACGCUGUUCCCCUUGACUGCGACUUUGUCCCCGCUGUGCCUACCCAGCCGACGAAAGAAGAGGUUGCACAGAUGUCCGAGCAAAACAACAACAAGAGACCAAACCGACUCGCCUGCCGAAAUUGCGGCCAGAGCCACGGAAUCAAUUUGCCGGAAUUCACAUUCGAUGAACUGGUUGAUAGCAGAUGGCUGAACCUGCAAAAUGACACGGAAAUCCCUCAGAUUUUAGUCAAGGAAGAAGCGGGGAUACAGCAUACGACAUCUUCGACAGACAUGUUCAAAACCCACCGCUUUGAACUGGUGGACAACAAUAUCAUCAUUAUCGCCUACCCAAAGAGAAGAGCAAUCGAGGGGCCUGAUGGAACGCGUGAUCUGUUCGACCGGGCGUGGAAGGCGGCACAGAAGGGGGGUAUACCACUCCAGCGUUGCCGUACGAAAGCCAAGAUCGAAUAUCAGUUAACUGCUUGGUUCGGGUGCAACUACGGGCAGGAAUACUUGACGAGAAUGACGACGCAGACCACCACCUUCGCGUCAGCACCUGAUGUGGUCAACGCCAUAAGGGUUGCGAUCACCGCAUUUUCUUCGCAGAUACUGGGCCAAGACGUCGAGUUCAAUGAAAUGCUGACCAUCGGAAACUACCCAAAAUGGGGAUGGGCUGGCAUGAUGAUGGCGAGAGCGACGUUAUUGGCCCAACGGUCGCAUCCAUGUCGCUCGGCGGAAUUGCUACCAUGA